AUUAGAUUUCUGCAUGAAAAACUCAUUAGUUAAGCUUUAAUUAUUUGGACCUUGAAUAGCCAGACUAUUUUAACACCUCUUAACAUUCAAACCACGUUUGAUCAUCAGUAAAUUUCAAAUUAGGUGAUAGGGCUUGAGCGAACUCCCACGGCAAAAAGGGUAUCGGAUUCCAGCCCAAAAAAAAAAAAAAAUCAACAGCACAGAAUGUUUGCCUUUGCUAAUGGGGAAUCUUAUUCACAUCCACACAAUCUAACAACGCCAUCUUCAUCAAUAAGCUGUCACCUGUAGUUUUCGUGGUUAGAACCUACUAUUUUUUACGUCAGAAAAAGAUUCCAUCAGAUAGGGACAGGAAUUCUCAGCCAAAAAAUGCACCUUAAUUUAUAACUCUCGCGUGCUUUACCUCUUCACAUUAUAAUAUAUAUAUAUAUAUAUAUAUAUGAUGUUAGGCAUAUGCUAGAAACUUAAAGCAGACAUACCAUGCCCAACACUGCAGCAUUUCUCCACAGUAUUCCGAGUUUGACAAUUUUGUAUGUCACAGAAGCUUACGAGAAGCACGAUUGACAAUUCCUACAUGUAAAUGAAAGGAAAGCCUCUUGCCCUGCAUUAGCAUUAUUACUUUUCCUGAAAGAUUAUUCAUUGAGAUCUGAUUACGUAGGGUGUAGAAAUGCUUGAUGAUUCUAAAGGCUUGGUUUGAAAAGCAAGAUGAAGGAUUCCGUUCGCGCACAAGGGUGGCUUUUACACAAUAGUUUCACGAUAAAAGUUGUAAGCAGAACAUAGUGAACCUAAAAAGGCGAGGUUCUUCGUCUGUGUUCUGGAUGGAGGUUGGAGGCAGUCGCAGGAGAAGGUUUUCUUCAUAUGAGAGGCUGGCACUCAUAGGCUUGGCGGUGCUAGCUGUGGCUUCUCCUCUCUACAUAGAUCGCAAACCAGCGAGUGAGUUGGAAGAUGACGAGGAAUCCAUCAACUUUGCGCUUUUAUCUCCUCUCCUGCUUUUUCUAUUGAUUUUGGCGGUGGGUUUUUCAGCUUGCUUGGAUCGGAGCUUCACCAGGUUCGAUCGUCACUGGAUUCAUCGAGUUGGUGGUUCUUCUGGAGGUAUUGCCAUUAUUCUUAUACUUCUUUUGCUGGUUUUGAAGUGUAAAUCAUCUCAGUGAAGAGCGGGGAAACGCAAACUGUAUUUCAAGAUAUCAAAUACUAUUCAAGAACUCUUCCUUUGUGCU